AAUUUGCGGCUCUUUCUUCAAAAGUGGAAUUUUUCGUCAGGAAAUUAUUUGAUAUAAUAUUCGCAAAUCCAAUGGAGGAAAAAUAUCAAUCCAGCACCCAAUUGCUGAAGAAGCCAUUAUCAUUUGCUGAUCUUAUCGAAGGCGGUGCACAAUUUGAAGUAGAUACCGCGGAUACCAAUAACGCAUAUGACGACAAUAUUAUAGAAGACGAUGAAAUUGAUGAGGAGGAGAUUGAACACGAGGCGCUCGUGUCGCCCUGGACACGAUCUUUUGAUGAGCUGCGCGAAUUAAUGACGCCCAUCGGCGAGCACAUUUACAAGCGCAUUACCCGUGCGGGCGUCAAGGAUCAGGGCCUGGUGCCGGAGAAGGCGCGUGUAUCCUUGCGUUACAGUGCCUACUGGGAGGGCCAGAGUGCUCCAUUUGAUUCAUCAAUGCUGCGCGGCACAAAAUUUGAGUUCGAGACUGGCUGCAACAAGGUCAUCGAGGGACUCGAGGCUGCCGUUUGCACAAUGUAUACUUUCGAGCAGGCCGAGUUUAUAAUCUCAUACAAAUUGCUGUUCCAUGAAAUGGGCUGUCCGCCACGCAUUAAGCCCAAGGCAGAUGGCCUGUUUAAAAUUGAAGUCAUUGGAUUCACGCUGAUUGGCGAUCAGCAAUCACUGGAGAAUAUUGCUCCAGAGGAUCGCAACAAGUUUUCCAUUGUGUAUCCCAAGGCAAAGGAUAUGCACCUGCAUGGCAGGGAUUGUGUCAAGCGCGGCUCGUAUCGCAAUGCUCUUGGUGCCUUUGAAAAUGCCAUCGCAUCGCUUAAUUAUUGCCGCCUGGCCGACGAACAGGACGAGCUGAAGCAAAAGGAGCUGCUGAUUACACUCUACACCAAUGUCAUGUGUUGUAAUAACAAGCUGGCCAGACCCGCAAAAGUGUGCAUUGCCAUGCAGGCACUGCGUCAUCUGACCCACAAUAAUCCAUCCUGCAAGGCGCUCUUCCACGAGGGACGCGCCUUAGCCGCCUUGGGGGAGUAUAAAAGAGCUCGCGAAGCGUUUCUCCGGGCCCAGGCAAAGGAGCCGAAUAACAAGGAGAUCAGUGACGAGAUUAUUAAUAUGGAGCAGCGUGUUAGCAAAUAUAAUGAAUCCAUGCGUCAGAUGUGGUCACGUGCAUUUUCGCAGAAGCACAAAGAGGAAACAGUUAAGAGUACGGAGGAGAAUACUGCAAACCAACAAGUAAAACGAGAUUUCCAGGCGCAACUGGAGGAGUUUGACAAGUCCUCGUUACAAUCGAUUCAAUUGAGCCGCAAAGUGUACACGGACCACGAGUUUGAUGUCCUGCGUCUGCUGGCCACACAGCAUAGCAUGAAAUUGAGCAUGUCACCACUGGAUGUGGAUCAGCUCACUCUCUCCAAGCUGAGCAUUAAGUAAAUAGAGCCAAAUAUCACUAGCGUAGACAAGAGCUAUGCUGACAGAAUUCCAAAGAAUGUGCCUUACUUAUAUCAUAGAUACAAGCAAAGAACUUGUAGAAACCAGGAUUAUCGAAAUCCGCAUAACUUUCAUAAUAUCCAUUAUAUAUAAUUUCGAUUUAAUGGAAUUCGAUUUAAGUUACGUAUUAGCACUUACUGAUAAAGAGUUAUUUCGUAUAUUUUAUUAAAAAAUAAUAAAAAAAAUAAACUGUUA